AUGUCGCGCCGACACGCCAACGCCCAACAAAGGGGCGUCCCCAAAUCCGAUCCAAACUCCAAGGGUGUCUCCUCCUAUAAAAACGAAUACAUCCCAAACUUCAUCUCCAAAAAACCCUUCUGGUUAAACGAAGACUCCGCCGACUCUUCCUCCGAAACAACCGAUUACCUCGAACAUCAACGUCUUCAGAAGAAAAAAGCAGAUGACCUCAAUCUCCUCGAAGGUGGUGACAAAUGGUACGAUAGAGGUAAAAAGCUCGGUCCGGCGGCGACGAAGUAUAGAAAAGGUGCUUGUGAGAAUUGUGGAAGUAUGAGUCAUCAGAAAAAGGAUUGCUUGCAGAGGAUUAGGAAGAAGGGGGCCAAAUUUUCCGGCAUGGAUAUCGCACAGGAUGAGGAAAUUCAAAAACUCGAGCUUGGGUGGGAUGGGAAGAGAGAUAGGUGGAAUGGAUACGAUGCGAGAGAACACGACAACCUACUCGACGAAUUCGCAAGAAUGGAGGAGUUAAGAGCACAACAGAAGGCGUUGGAGGAUGGCAAUGGCGCUGGUUUGGACGGGGAGGAUGAGGAAGACAAGUACGCCGAAGAGUCGAAUAUGCCCGGCCAGACUUAUGAUUCUUCGUCGAGAGUCACCACACGGAAUUUGAGAAUCCGAGAGGAUACGGCGAAAUACCUGCUUAAUUUGGACUUGGACUCGGCGAAAUACGACCCGAAGACCAGAACUAUGGUCGACGGUGGCGCGUUAUCGGAUCAAGCUGCAAAGUUAGUCGCCGAAGAAGGUUUCAUGAGGUCCUCAGGCGACGCUGCAGAGUUCGAGAGAGCACAAAAAUUGGCAUGGGAAUCCAGAGAAAAGGGUGUAAUGGGCGCAAAGAUGCAUUUGCAAGCCAACCCUACCGAAGGAGAAAUCCUUCGAAAGAAGCUGGAAAACAAAAAGGAAGACGAAACACAUACAAAGCGCCAAGCAUUACUCGACAAGUACGGAGGUGGAGAGUAUCUCCAGGCACCACCCAAGGAGGCCACAGUUACAGAAUCCGAGAGAUACGUCGAAUACUCCGAGUCCGGCGACCUAGUCAAAGGGAAAGCGGAUGCAACGGCGAAGUCAAAGUACGCGGAGGAUGUUUACAUCAACAACCACACGAAUAUAUGGGGUUCGUGGUGGCAGAACUUCAAGUGGGGAUACGCUUGCUGUCAUUCGUUUGUCAAAAACAGCUAUUGUACAGGGGCGGAGGGUAAGAAGGGUGUGGAAGAUGCCGAGAAGAUGCGGACAGGUAACGACCUCGAGGAAAGGGAAAGGAAGCAAAUUGCCUGGAGGAAAGAACGCCGGGAAGCCGCCGAUGCUGAAAAGGACGAAGAAGAAGAGUUGGCGCGCCGAAAGGAAGAAGAAGAGGCGGAGGAGGAAACUGCUGAAGACAAAAAGAGGAAGAGGGACCAGAUGCACAGCGGUGUUACAGAAGAAGAACUUGAGCAACAUCGGAGGAAGCGUCUGUUAGCAGACGAUCCCAUGGCCAAAUACCUCGACUCAACCGCUUAA